AUGGUAGUUCAAACAAGAUUUCUGAGAACCUCUAGAGUUGGUGCUUGGAUAGCCCUUGGUAGAGAAAAUAUGGUACGUCUAGUAGAUUUUGAGGAUUUGCUCUGGGAAUUAAAUACAAAUAUAUCUAACUGCAAAAUUGCAUAUUGUAGCUCUGGAGGACCUUUAGCUUUGUACUCUGGAGGUCGUUUAAACUCUGAUCAAGAUGGGAAUCAUAUUAGUUUGUAUAAUUCUAAAGGCGCUCCACAUCCAGUAACUUCAAGUAUUCGAUUAGAAGGAAUAGAGAGUGUUUUGUACAUGUGUUGGAAUGAAUCUAAUGAUAAUCUUAUUGUUGUUUUAAAUACAGGAGAAAUUCGUUUUUUUAAUUUAAAAGGGGAAUUAACUGGGACACCUAUUAGAUUAUCAUUACCACUAUUAUAUAUAAAUACUGGUAAUGGUAUUGCUUUAGUAACCAAUGACAAAGGAUAUUCUCUUACUGUCUUGGAAUGCAAACAAAAUGGAGAUUAUCGUACGAGUUCGCUUGAUAUUCCUAAUGAUUUUAAAAUUCAAAAACCAAAUGUAAUGCUGGCUAUACCUCAACAAUUUAGUGAUACUGGAUAUACUGAAAUUUUUAUUCCAUUUCUUUCUGGAGAAAAUACCUCUAGUUUUUAUCAUUGCGUUUUUAAUGCAAAUUCUCGUUGUUAUGAUCUUCGUUUAUCUAUUGAUGGUGGAAAUGUAACUCACAUGUCACUUUCUCCAAGUGCACAAUCUAUCGCUUUUUUAGUUCAAGAUGGAACAAUUUAUGUUACAUCACGCUCUUUUGAAGAUGUAACACGUUUGCUUAAUAUAGAAACUGAAGUUUUACCUGCACAAUUUAUUUGGUGUGGAGAUAAAUGUAUUACAUAUCUUCAUUUAACUCAACAAUUUGAUGAAAAUCUUGAUUUUCCAACUACUUUAACUUUAAUAAAUGUGGAUGAUUCUAGUCAAUCAGAUUUUUUAAAUGAUAUUCCUACAGAUUCUUUUUUAGUUUCAGACUGUGAUGGUAUUCGAAUUUUAUCACAAAAAACUUAUCAAUUUCUUCAAGUUGUUUCAGAACCAAGUCGUCGUAUUUUUUCUGUAGGAUCUCGAGCAAAUUCUGCAAUGUUAUUACUUGCAUUUGAUGAAUUUAUGUGUGGUAAUGCAUCCUCUGUAAAAAUGAUUCGUGAUUUACAAAAAAAUUCUUUUGGACUUUCGAAUGCCAUAGAUGAUUGUGUUGCAGCUGCCGGUUUUGAAUUUGAAGUAUCGCAACAAAAGAGAUUAAUGCGUGUUGCAGCUUUUGGAAAAUCUUUUUGUUCCAUGUAUGAAUCGGAUGUUUUUGUUAAUAUGGCAAGACGUUUACGGGUUUUAAAUACAUUACGACGAAGUAAAGCAGGUAUGUUAAUGUCACAAGCUCAAUUAUUAUCUUUAGAAGGAGAUCGUUUAGCUGAACGACUUGUACAAAUGAAUCAUCAUCAAUUAGCAUACUACGUUUGUGAAAUUUUAGGAUAUAGUACUCAAACUGUAAUGACAGAAUGGGCAUUAGCAAAACUUGGUAAACAUUUUAUAUCUAUAAAUACCGAAAAAGAAAUUGCAUAUAAUAUUGCUAAAAAAUUAAAAGAAUUUAAUCAAAAAAAUUUUUCUGAAAUUGCAUAUAAGGCUUAUUUAAAAGAAAGACCUCAUGCAGCUCUUAUAUUUUUAGAAGCUGAAAAUAUACCGACAAAACAAGUAGCAAGAUUAUUAGAUAUAAAACAACCAGAGAUAGCACUUUCUAAAGCUAUUAAAAGUGGUAAUACCGAUCUUUUAUUUACAGUUAUGAUGUAUCUUAUUAAUAAUAAAGGUGCUAAUGCUAUUCCUUUAUUAACUAGUGAUUUCACUGCGCAAAGUAUGCUUCUUGUAUAUGUUACAGUUUGUGAAAGUAAUCGUGAUUUACUUGUUGAAUAUUUUAGAACUCAUCCAGAGUAUAAUACAUAUUUGAAUAUUUUACAUUAUUUAAAAGAAGAACAACGAUCUGUAAUAUCUCUUAAUCGAAAAAAUAGCAAUUGGGAAAUGUUACAGGAAAUUAAACUGAGUGCAAUUCAAUCAGCUGCGAUAACAGCAAAACGAGAGAUUAUUACAAAUGUUGGUAAUAAUGGUGGUACAUUUGGAAGUGCUAUUUCACACUCAAUAAGUGUUGCCGGGUUUCCAACUAGUAAUUCUUCUUCUUCUUCUCAAGGAAAUGAAAAAUGGCUUCGUGCACAAAUGCAGCUUUUAAAUGAACAAACGAAAUUAAUGAAGCAAUUAAAUGAUAAACGUUUUCUUGAUGCUAGUGUCGCAAAAACAAUUACCCUUUGUUAUGAAUAUGGUCAAAAUGGAAUAGCAGAACGAUUAAAAAAUGAAUUUGGUGUGUCAGAGAAAAUGCAUUCUUGGUGUAUGCUUAAUGCUUAUUCAGCAACUUGUAAAUGGGAUCUUAUUGAUCAGAUUGGUGGAGUGAAAAACAAAACCAAACCAAUAAUUGGGGCUUCCGCCUUUGUGACAAAACUUCUCGCUUGUGAUCGACCAGAACAAGCGAAGUUGUAUAUUUCAAAAGUACCACAAAUUGAGCAAAGAAUGGAGUUUUAUGUAUUAUGUAAUGAUUGGAUGGCUGCAGGAGCAGAUUGUCGUCGCCAUGGUGAACCUGAAAUGUUUGCACAACUCAAGGAAAGGGCAAAAGGUAAUGUUACAGCAAUACAUCUAAUUGAAGAAGGAUGGAAUUCUGGUCAAGAAUCAGGAGUUUUAAAGUUUACAAAGUUAUUUACUUGA